AUGUCUAGGCUGCCCAAACCACCAUUUGCCAGUGGCAUACCGUCAUCGGGACUGCCGACUCCCGGAAAGCGUCGUGCACUGAGCAACCCACAGCAGAGAUCGUCUCCCUUUAGCGAUCUCACCCCUGAACAAGAAGCACUUCUCCAAGAAGCUAUGGAAAAAUACAACCCCGAAGUUGCUACUGUGACGAAGGAAGUCCGCAAUACUUCGUCCCCAUCGAACUC